GAGAAAUAAACCCAAUUUUUUUUCGUCUCUAUUACUAUCGUGCAUUUGUCCAUUUGGUCGCCUGCUUUGGUUAGGCCUUCCAACGACGCGUUUCCUUCUUUCAUCUUCUUCUCCGCUUCAGGUGCAAUCUCUCUUUAUUUCCCCAAACAUCACUCAUGCAAGAAUCUCGAAUCUUACUCCCCCAAAUUCAUCAUACCAUCCACUUUCCACAUCGAUCUCCGCGAACAUUAUUAUGAAAAACCCCAAUUUCAGGUUGGGAUCUGUUUCAUCUAGCUCCGUAAACUCCCAAAAUCUUAUCAUUCCCAGUUCGCAAGUAUGAUUCAAUGCGAUUGAUCGACUCUUAAGCGAGAGAAUAGUCAAGCCCGUACGAUUACAAUAUAUGUGAAAAAGUUCCGUUUCCUUUUUUGGUUUACUAGGGUUAAGUUGAUCGUCGUGGGUUUUCAAUUUGAGAUCUGGAUGAUAGAGUUUGAAUUCAGGUGCUGAUAAAGGAUUUGAUCGAGGAAAGAUGGAUAUGGAUAAUAAUGGUGAAGCGGGUUGUCUUGACCCUGAAUUGUUACAGCUGAAUGAAGUGUCUCCUCUGGCUAUUAAAUCAAAUCCUUAUGUUGCUGAAAAACUAUUCGAGCAAUGGCUCUCUCUUCCUGAAACCACUCCUUUAGUAAAAUCUUUAGUUAACAAUGCAAAGGCGGGUGUUCCAUUGAAUGUCCCUGGAUCAACCAACAGCCCUAAGGCUACUUCCAGCUCUUCAAUACCUUCCAUGUUUCCAGCUGGCAGCACACCUCCACUCUCACCAAGAAGUUCAUCUGGUUCUGGUUCUCCCCGUGUUACAAAACAUAGGGCGGGCCCAUCAGUUUUAGGUUCUCCUUUGAGAUUAUUGAGUGAGCCAGCAAAAGAGUUAAUACCUCAGUUUUACUUUCAAAAUGGUCGUCCACCCCCAAAUGAACUAAAAGAACGAUGUUUAUUACAAUGCAACCAAUAUUUCUAUGGUCAUAUGGAAGGGCUACAAUUGCAUGAAUUCAAGCCAAUUACCAAGGAAAUUUGCAAGCUGCCUUCUUUUUUCUCUACCGCUCUUUACAAAAAGAUUGAUGUUAAUGGCACUGGUGUGACCAGGGAUGCAUUUGUUGAGUAUUGGGUCCAUAGCAACAUGUUGACAAAAGAUAUAGCAACCCAAAUAUUUACAAUUUUGAAGCAGCCUGAGUUGAGAUAUCUAACUCAUGAGGACUUCAAACCCAUACUUCGUGAGCUUUUAGCAAGUCAUCCAGGUCUGGAGUUCUUACAAAACACACCUGAGUUUCAGGAGAGAUAUGCUGAAACAGUAAUAUACCGCAUAUUUUACUAUGUGAAUAGAGGGGGUAAUGGCCGUCUGACCCUGAGGGAGCUGAAACGUGGAAAUCUAAUUGCUGCAAUGCUGCAUGCAGAUGAAGAAGAAGACAUAAACAAAGUUUUGAGAUAUUUCUCUUACGAGCAUUUCUAUGUAAUAUAUUGCAAAUUCUGGGAGCUGGACACAGAUCAUGAUUUUUUGAUUGAUAAAGAGAACCUUAUAAGAUAUGGCAACCAUGCAUUGACCUACAGGAUUGUUGACAGAAUAUUUUCCCAGGUUCCAAGAAAGUUUACGAGUAAGGUUGAAGGGAAAAUGGGAUAUGAGGAUUUUGUUUACUUCAUUUUGUCUGAAGAGGAUAAGUCGUCUGAGCCAAGUCUUGAGUACUGGUUCAAGUGCAUAGACUUGGAUGGAAACGGGGCAGUGACAAGGAAUGAGAUGCAAUUCUUCUAUGAGGAACAGUUGCAUCGCAUGGAGUGCAUGGCUCAAGAGCCUGUUCUUUUUGAGGACAUUUUAUGUCAGAUAGUUGAUAUGGUUGGACCAAAGGAUGAGGGGUAUUUUACACUUGGCGACCUAAAAGGAAGCAAACUUUCUGGCAGUGUUUUCAAUAUCUUGUUUAAUCUGAACAAGUUCAUGGCGUAUGAAAGUCGCGACCCCUUCCUCAUUCGUCAGGAACGUGAGAAUCCGACACUGACAGAGUGGGACCGGUUUGCACAUCGGGAAUAUAUACGGCUUUCAAUGGAGGAAGAUGCUGAAGAUGCGUCUAAUGGUAGUGCAGAUGUAUGGGAUGAAUCCCUUGAAGCCCCUUUUUAACUUUUAAGCUAAGCUACCAGCCUCCCUCCUCUCCUCUCUCUCUGUUUCACUUGAGACUUGAGACUUGAGAAGACAUUCUUUAAUUUAAGCAAAGCAAAGCAAGCAGCAGGCAGAAGCAGAGAAGGCUGCAAAGCUUUUGAGUUUUGAGCCGGUCAGUCAGUCAGUGAGUCAGUCAGUCAGUGUGUCCGUGUCCGUGUCCGUGUCUGUGUAUGAUGAAAAAGCCGAAAAGUUGCAAAUCGAUCGAUCCAUUGCACACAGAAGAAGUAUACAAAAGGGGGUGGGGAUUCCGGAUGAAAUCAGUCAGGUGAUAUAUAUACACAGAGAGAAAGAUAUAAUUUGAACUUUGAAGCAUUUCAGUAUUCUUCUGGAAACAUUUUCCCGUGAAUCAAACUGCACUUGUCCCAAAGAUGUUCAUGUUCAUAGAUAGCAUCUUGAAUCUUCAUCAUCAUCAUCAUCAUCAUCAUCAUCAUAUAUAUUAUUAUGUGCAUUAACAUUUUCUAAAGACCCAUCGACUGCC